AUCGGUUGCUGUGGCGGGAGGGGAGACGGGCAGCGGCCGCACCGGCACUAACGGCCGCCUCCUCUCCCCACACAGGCGCAGAGCGGCGCCGCUGCCGGCCCCGGCCCCGCCAUGGUGCGGCUGCACGUGAAGCGCGGCGACGAGAGCCAGUUCCUGCUGGAGGUGGCCGGCAGCGCCCGCCUCGCCGACCUGGCGCCCCUCGUCGCCCGCAUCUAUAAUGGGAGGCUGAAGGUGCAGCGCCUCUGCUCAGAGAUGGAGGAGCUGGCAGAGCAUGGUGUUUUCUUGCCUUAUAAUAUGCAAGGACUGACAGAUGAGCAAAUUGAAGAACUGAAGUUAAAGGAUGAGUGGGCAGAAAAGUGUGUACCAAGUGGUGGAAGUGUCUUCAAGAAGGAUGAAAUUGGGCGAAGAAAUGGGCACGCUCCAAAUGAAAAAAUGCGGCAAGUUAUAAAGAAGACAAUAGAGGAAGCCAAGGCAUUAAUCUCUGGGAAACAAGUUCAGGCCAAUGUGUGUGUUAAUAUGGAGAUGGUGAAAGAUGCAUUGGACCAGCUCCGAGGGGCUGUGAUGAUUGUGUAUCCAAUGGGAUUGCCUCCACAUGAUCCAGUUAGGAUGGAGUUUGAAGAUAAAGAAGACUUGUCGGGAACUCAUGCCGGACUUGAAGUUAUAGAAGAAUCAGAAGCACAAUUAUGGUGGGCAGGAAAGGAGUUGAAAGAAACAAAGUUGCUCUCUGACUAUGUAGGCAAAAAUGAGAAAACAACCAUCAUUGUCAAGAUACAGAAAAAAGGACAAGGAGCUCCAGGGCGUGAACCUCUGAUUAGUCAUGAAGAGCAAAAACAGAUGAUGCUGUAUUACUACAGAAGGCAGGAGGAACUUAAGAAACUAGAAGAGGAUGACGACGACUCAUUUCUAAAUGCUGAGUGGGCAGACAACCAUGCUUUGAAAAGGCAAUUUCAUGGUGUAAAAGACAUCAAAUGGGGGCCAAGGUGAAGCUCUGCAAACACCUUUUUGCCUAUUUAAGCUGUUUGAUUGAUGCCCUUGUUUGCAAUGAGGAGCUGUGUUGUGCGUGGUAGAUUCUUCUGACAAAAGCUGAAAUUGUCACUUCCGUAGCAGAUGCCCGUUUCAGCCUUAGGUUUUCAGUAAGUGUUUACAUUUCUGUGUAACUGUAGCAGCACUUGUCUCUGCAAAGAAUGGAAUCAAUCCUGUUGAAGUUUGUUAUUUUAUUAGAAACUUGUAACUUGAAUAUUGAAAUACUAGACUCUUUCAUAGAUAAUAUAUCUAAUAAAUAUGCACUAGAACGUU